AUGGUAUUAGUUGCUUUCACCUUCUGUCAUGUUUUUGCCGAUGAUCAAAAGUUACAUGGUGAUUGGCAGUCCAUAUCAAUAAAUGAUAUAAACAAUCCUAAAUUGGUGGACAUUGCAAAAUUUGCAAUAAAUACAGAAAAUAUGCAAUCAGAAAACAUUGGAUUGGAAUUUCAGAGUUUAUCUGAUGGAAGAACUAAAGUUGAUAAUAAUGGCACCACUUAUGACUUGACAAUUGUCGCCAUGGAAUUCGAUGAAGUAAAUGUUUAUGAAAUUAUUGUUUUUGAGAAUUCUAAGGACCAUGUUAGAAAACUUAUUUCCUUUGAUUAA